AUGAAGAUUACUCUUUUGCUAUUCACCAUUCUUGGAGUUACUGCUGGACAUAAUGAGCGCGAGAGCAAAAUUCGACCAGCAGUCAAGACUCCUAGUGGUGGUCACAACAAUCCACGGGAGAGUGAAAAAGCUCGGCCAGCUAUUGGAGAGAAGAGUGUUCAUAGUAGCAGAUCCGACAACAAUGAUCUGGAUGUUCUUGUGGAUGGCAAGACACUUUGUGGACACAUGGAUCUUCGCAACGCUCGGUGUUACGAGAACAGCUUGCCAGCUAUAUAUGAAAAAGCAAUGGCAGUUGCCAAGAUUAGGACAGGAGGCUUAGUUUGUACUGGUUGGCUUGUUGGAGGCAACAAUUACUUGAUGACCAAUCAUCAUUGUAUAAGUUCGAAAGAAGAGGCUGCUGCCGCGCAAUUUCUGUUCAUGUAUGAAUCAACUCAGGGUGACUGCCAGCAGGGCGGUGUACGAGAUACGGAUGCGGCAGCAGAAAUGACUAUAGAUGGGGCAGAGUUUAUCAUGGCAGACAAGCAGUUGGAUUUCGCGUUGGUCAAACUCGUCAGUGGGAAUCCAGUUUGCGCGUACGGUCACUUUGAUAUCGAUUGGGAGGCCCCCAAAGUUGGUGACGAAAUUUACGUUCCACAACAUCCAGCUGGUAGAGACAAGUCCAUUGGAAUUACGGAUACCUUCACAGAAAGCGGAAUGUGCGAAAUCAAAUCCGUUUCUGGGAUUGGUGUGGAUUACACCUGCGACACGGAAGGCGGCUCUUCCGGAUCCCCAGUCGUCAACAAGGCCACAAAUAUGGUAGUUGCCCUUCACAAAGCUGGGCGAAAGAAAUGCCAUGGAAACACUGGUACGAAAAUGUCCAAAAUCUACGGUCUGGUUCAGGAAGAAGUCUACGGUGCCAUUGCGGAGUGCAGCUAG